UCACUCGGAGUUACCUGAAAAAAUUAAGAAAAAAAAUCAAAUAAUUCCAUAAAAAUCAUCCAAAAAUGGGUCCAAACGACAUUCAGCAAUGUUUCCAAGACCCGCAAGCCCAAUUGGUUGAAGCAGCUGCCAAGAGAAACAUUCAGCAAGUCAUUUCCGCCCUGCUAAAUGGAGCAAAUCCCGAUUUGGCAGACAAACAAGGCAAUUCUGUGUUUGAAAAUUUUUGCUUAAAACCAGAUUCCCGUCCCUUCAUCGAAGAAUGCAUCAAAAACGCAGCAAAUGUCUCACAACCGAACAAAAACGGGAAAUUCGCAUUGAAUUUCGCUGCCGAAUCUCUUGACACGGGCAAUUUGGAAGCUGUUGUGUUGGCGAUGAAGUCCCAAGGUGUCGAUUUGAACGUCAAAUACAGCAACGGAACCGUUUUGCAUCACAUCGCAAACAAGAUUAACAAGGAAAAUGUCGCUGCAAGUUGCGAAUGCAUCCUACUCUUGGUCGAAAACGGAGCAAACGUGAAUAUUCCGGAUCAGCGAGACGUGACGCCAGUUCUUGCGUUGCUGAAAAAGUUCAGUACCAACGAAAAAAUCAUCCGAGAAACGCUGGAAUUCAUUUUCAAGCAUUGUAAUGUCGAUUUGGACAGCUUUCGCGAGGGCGAGGCACGUACUCGUUUGAACGAAAAGUGUCCCGAAUUGGCUGAAAAUGCAAAAAAAUCAUCUUUGGAUGACGUUUCGAUCGAUUUACUCGUGUCACAACUGAAAAAUCGCAAGGAAAUGGACUUUUCAAAGGGACUUAGGGCACUCAUGACUAAAAAAGGGUUCAAAACCAUCGACGAAUUGGAGGCAAAUAACUUAUCGGGCGCUACUUUACUUGAAAUUGCCGUCGAAGAACGUCAAUCGUCAAUUGUCCAGCUGCUACUUGACCUCGGAGCGAAUCCAAAUAAGUUUAAAUCGGGCACAAUGCCUCCGUUGCAACUCGCAGCACAGCGAAACUCCCCCGAAAUCCUGGAAAUCCUCCUAAAAAGCGAAAAAAUCAAGGUUAACAAGGCCACAGAGGCAAAAUCUGAACCAGUUUUAUGUACAGUGAUCAAACAAUUGGGCGAAAACCCGCAUUCAAUUGAAUCCGAGCCCUAUCGUCGCUGUUUCGACUUACUUUUGGCUCACAAGGACAUUGAUGUGAACGAAUUUGACGCGACAACAGGCAAUACAGCCCUACAUUUUGCCUGUCGCUACCGAAAUCGCGACGUAAUCACGAAAUUAUUGGAAAAGAACGCCUAUAUCGGCAUGCAAAAUGUCUUGGACUCGAUCGCUAUUGACGACAUCGACCCACUUGUCUUGGAAAAUUACUUUGAUUCGUGCAUCCAAGCUAAUCACUUCCGCCUGGGCGACGAUGACUUCAAUUUAUUCGCAGAUUUUCGUUGUUUCGCGCCGCCCCGCACCAAAGACAACACCGGAUCUGCCGUUUUUCACACGGAAGAGAUGUUACCGAUCGUGUAUCUGGCAAAAUGCAAAGAAUUACGACACUUGAUGACCCAUCCGCUGAUCACGAGUUUCCUUUUCAUCAAAUGGCAUCGCUUAUUUUCGAUGUUUUUGCUGAAUUUGAUGCUGUAUUCGGUAUUUUGUGUCUCAUUGAUCGUCUAUGUUGUCUUUUUCUACGGCAGAGGAGCCGAAGAACACGGAUUUUUGGCGGGAAUUUUCAUGUUUCUCACAAUUUUGGGGAUUUUUAUCCUUGCUGUGCGAGAAUUCAUGCAAUUUGUCAUCAAUCCGAAGAAUUACGUGAAGACCUUGGUGAAUUAUUUGGAGCUUUUGUUGAUUUUCAUGACGUUUGUGGUACUGGUAACGACUCCUGAGAACUAUCGCGAGUACGGAAACACUCAUCGCUUCUUCGCAUCGUUCACAAUUCUCUUGGCGGCGCUUGAAUUAUCACUUCUCAUCUCAUCAUUGCCCAAUUCCUUCAUCUCCAUGCAUAUUGUGAUGCUGAAACGAGUUUCGUAUUCCUUCCUGAAGUCAUUGAGCAUCAAUUCGGUCAUCAUCUUGGCAUUCGCUUUCUGCUUUUACACGCUUUUUAAUGACCCAACAAGUGUCGAUGGGAACAAAAACUCGAGUACCGCAUCGCCAAUCAACGAAAAUGACGAUAAAGCUGACGAUUUUAAUCGAUUUGUGAACCCCCUAACCGCUAUUAUUAAAACUAUUGUCAUGUUAACGGGAGAAUUUGAAGCAGCUUCCAUCGAUUUCGACGUCAACGCCACAAGUUACUUGAUUUUUUUGAUAUUUGUCUUCUUUAUGUCGAUCGUUUUGUUCAAUUUACUCAACGGCUUGGCAGUUAGCGAUACUCAAAUCAUCAAAGCAGAGGCAGAAGUGACGCAUUUUAGUGAAAAAGCAGCGACUCUUCAUCGAUUCGAGCGUUCUUUCAAUACCAGAAACCUUGGGGUCUUUGGAUUUUUCAAGCAAAAUACCGUCGCGAAGUAUAUUCGCAACAAAAUUUGCGUUUUUCCGCAUUUUUUGCCUCAGAAUAUGAUCAUUGUCGUUCCAAAUCAAGGCAAUAAGAUAUUAAUUCCAACGGUUGAGAGUGCGGUUGACUUUAAUAGCGGAAAUGACGCGACCACGGUGCUUAUUGACGAACGCGGAAAAGAUCGCAAGGAGUUGACGAACCAAUAUUGCUGUUUGGCGCCAUGGAAUGCCAAGUGCUGCUCCCGUUUGGACCGAAAAAUCGUGAAACGUAUGAUGCAAGUGAUCAAUAACAACGAACGGGAACGUCAUGCGGAGGCUCAAAAGGCAAGUCUUGAACAAAGAUUGGCUAAAAUGGAAGUUAUGAUGGAAACGAUGCAACAAAUGUUGGUCGACGCAUUGAAAAAUAAGUAAAAAAGUGUCUUAAAAAACGAAAAUUGAGGCAGCUCCCAUAAAUUUUUGGGGAAAUUUUCACUCAGGAUAACCAAUUUCGCAUUUCUAACCUACAUUAUUGUUAAAAAAGUAAUCAACUGUGAACUAUUUGAUGUGCAUUCCACGCCGUAAUCUAUUGAAUUAACGUUUUUUUGAGCUUUUGAACAAAUAUAUGUGCUUGUUAAUAACUUUCGAAAAGUAUUUUAUUGUAAUUUCCCGUCGAAUUCCAUGUGGUUGCGUCGCCAAAACCAUUAUUAAUGAACGUUAUGCGGUCUAUGA